AUGCAACUCAGCCCUUUGCAAUCGCGCCUUGUCGCGUCACUGGCCGCUACCCUUUGCCUGGUGGCAUUGUAUUUAUUGCUAUCGUCGCCCAAGGGAGCUCUCGCCGCUGAGCUGCCUCUCGACUUCUCUUCGUGGAGGGACUUGACCACUCUCAACGACGACGGAACCGAAUUGCAAACCUCGUCGUACGAAGCUAUAUUUAGCAUGUUUUCUCGCAGCAUACUCGGACGAGCCCAAGACAUUACACCACUCGAGAACAACAGGCCCCUAGGCUUGAACGUAGCCCCGGGGUCUGAGCCAAUAUGCUACAUUGUCAAGAGAGGCUCACUAGGGUCGGCUGGUGCCGGUGCUGCAAACGGAGGGGCCAGCAGAGACAACAGUACAAUUUAUAUAUCAGCCAACACAUGCUCCCAGCCAACGACCAAAGCGGGCAGCAAGGCCGAACAGUUGAUAUUGUUCGUAUCCGACAAUACCGAUGCGGGAUGCCCCCAGAUUACAAGCACGGCCAAUGACGUCGAAGCCAAAGGCUUUACGUCCAAAGCCUUCACUGAAGGCGCCGUCACGUUUAGCAUCAACUCCAGUAGUGAUGUCUAUCUUGCAAUCUACGCCCCCAAUCGGUCCGAUGUCGUCGCGGGGAGUUACAAUUUUCAGAUUGCGGCUUCGAAUACCACAUAUUUUCACCAGUAUGUAGCGAGUGGCGGCGCCGAGCUUCUGUGGAUGGACAGUGACUCAACCUCGGCCUUGCUCGUGACGCGAAAUCUCACUGACGACGUCAGUAACCUACGGCACGUCAUGAGCGAAGAUCCGCCCUAUCAAUUGCAUGUCGUCGGCCAAGACACACCAUUGAUGGAUGGGAUGCGUCGGUCGGCAUGUGGACUGCAGAAGAAUGCUCUCAUUGGUACUAAUAAUCAAGGCAAUGGGAAGAAUAACGCCAUGGUCAAGACGGCCAUGACACUUCGCGGACCGGGAGGGUUACCAAAACAGCAGUUUUACGUCGUGGGACUCAACGCGACGUCUUCUUACAGUGGCGUAUUGGUAAAGCCCGCCAAUGUCACCGUAAAUUCAAAGCGACAAGUGGGCGGCGGCGGCGGCGCUACUCCAGCGAACCCAGGUAGCAUUGUUUUCCAGGCCACAUCGUUUCAAACCAACGCCGCACCGAAUUGCAAAGUGGUGACGGACUUGGAAUUCUGUGACGAAAUUCAAUACGCGGUGCCUGGAAAUGAUGGGAAAUACAACAACACUGAGCUGGCAAAGGCUUACGAUGACUAUGCCAGGGCCAUGUACGACAAUUUUCUCAAAGUCAUGAUGCAGAUUCAGUGCGAGACAGAUCGGACGUCGAGGUACUCGCUGGCCAGGACGUGCGAUGAUUGCAGAAAUGCAUACAAGCGAUGGCUCUGCACCGUGAGCAUCCCACGAUGCGAAGACUUCCAGGGCGACUCGCGGUUCAGCGUUAUCCGCAACGUCGCUCAGCCGUUUCCCAACGGCUCAAUGCUGCCUGUCGAUCUCCGGACGAGCUUAGCACAGGUGCCAUCUCAAAACGCGUCGCGAAAUGCGUUUAUCGACACCAAUAUCCAGCCCGGGCCGUACCGAGAGAUAUUGCCCUGCGAAGAUAUUUGCUACCAGGUGGUCCAAAGCUGCCCAGCAAAGAUUGGCUUCAAAUGUCCACGGGAAGGCAUGUACGCUUUCAACGUGAGCUACGGGAAACGAGAUAACGACAACUCGACGGUGUCAUGCAAUUAUCCGGGCGAAGCACGAACUCCUGUUAAUGGAGCGCGAAGAGCCAUACCCCAUCUGAUGCUUUUGGCCGGCGUAUUGUCAUUCAGUACUUUCUUGACGGGGUGA